CUCGCAUUACAGUCACGUUUAUAGUCGUCGGCCGACCGUCCGUACGUACGUAUUAAACACGCGCGCGCACUUCGUCGUCGUCGCCGUGGCCGGUACGCUCUCUUCUUUCUGUUCGCGAGUGUUUUACGAUUAUUUGUUUUUAUUAUUAUUAUUUUCUACUCCUCCCACCCGUUGCGCGAGUACCCGUAUCGUCGUGCGUGCACGUGUGCGUUGUGUUUCGUUUUUAGCCGUCUCGCGGGUCCGUUGUUUAAUUUUUUUUUUUUUUUUGUUUCUUACCAGUCGCGUCCUAAUACCGACGUGACCGUUUUUUUAUCCGUUGUCGUCUCUCGAUCUUCCUCCGAUAUCGUCCGCGUGUGCGAGUAUCCGCAAACCGUAUUCCGGCCGUGACACUCGGAUAUUAUCGUCGAACACGUUUCGGUCGUCGCCCAUCGGCACCCGGCGGGACCGUGGCGCGCGCGCAGUGCGCGAGAGAUGCGUCGCCGCCAUCCGUCCGUCGUCGUUCGCUGCACCGGUGCACCGCGAUCCGUGUGAAAUGUUGAUGAUGAUGGACUGCAGCAACAGGAAACCGCCGGUGGACCUGUCCGGCGUCGUGGUCGCGGCCGUGUCGUCGCCGGAGCCGGCGGUGGCCGGAACGUGGCACCCUCACGUGUACGGCAACCCCCCCAGGUCGCCCACGGCCCACAGCAUUGCUGACAUCCUGGGAUGGACCAAAGCCGGCCCGGACGAACAGCCGUUGAACCUGUCCAAGACCCGGCCGCCCAACGGCACCGUGUUGGACCUGACGAAAAUCAAACGCAAAGACGCGAUGCAGCCGACGGCCGUGAUGUUGAACAACCAUCAUCACGGAGGUCAUCCGCAACAUCAACUAUCGACCGUCGGAGGAGGUGGUCACAAAAACAACAACAAUAAUAACAUCAACAAUACCAACAACAACCAUACGACGACCACGUCGACGACCGGGACGACGAACGCAGCGGUGCCGACCCCCGUACGGAAAAAGUCUCGGAAGGACGUGCCGCUGUCGUCGUCGCCGGGUCUGUUGGUCAGCUCGUCUUCCGGUUCGCCGGCCGGACAGCAGGCCGGCGAGAGCGACGGCGGUCACUCUUCCGACGGCUGCGGAGACCGGAAGCGGAAGAAAGCGCGGACCACAUUCACGGGUCGGCAGAUAUUCGAGUUGGAGAAACAGUUCGAGCUGAAAAAGUAUCUGUCGUCGUCCGAACGGUCAGAGAUGGCUAAGCUUUUGAGCGUCACCGAAACACAGGUGAAGAUUUGGUUCCAGAACAGGAGGACGAAAUGGAAAAAACACGACACCGUGACCACCACGGAACCGGUGGACUCAGUGACCGCUGCCGCUGCGGCCACUACAGCCGGCCAUGGCGUAGCCGGCGGCGUCGGGUCCAAGUGUUCGCCGAAAGUCGCGGUCGGCGCCAAGUUUCUCAGGGAGGGUGAUGACUAUUCGUCGCUGGAAGACUCGGAGAGCUGUUACAGCAGCGUGGACGCGGCCGAAUCGAAAGUGGUCGCCGCGCGGACGCCCGAAUCGCUGCCGCCCACCUCGCCGCCGGCGGACAACAAUGAGACCGCGGUCGCGGCCACGACCACUACGACCGCCGGAAUCGCCAGAGCUCCCAGUUAAUGGAAUCGGAGGCGGAACGAAAGUUGAAGCAAAGGACGAUGGUUUUGGUUUUUUUCUAAGAACGUGGGUGUACUAUUGUUGUUGCGCAUGUGCGUAGAAAAAACGGACUAAAAAAAUAUAAAAAAAAUAAAAAAAACAAAAAAAAAACACGAUAUAAAUAGUUCAACAUUUUUAUUAUUUUUAUUAUUAAUAUUGUAAUUGGCUGUACUACGAUGCGUGAGUUGUGCGUUUAAUUAUAUACUUUUGUAUUAGGUAUAUUAAACUUAUCGCAUCAAACCGUUUUCUCGAGGACACACUAGAACAGUAUAAUGUGCAUAGCAUUGUAGAAAGAAAAAGGAAAAAACUGUUAACAUAUUUCGUUAUUUUUUCUGGUCGAUAUUAUUUAUGACUGCGUUGAUUGACGUUUUUUACCGUGUACAUAUCUUAUUGAUGAUUAGGGCACACGAGAGGGCGAUCUGAUUUUUACUAAAUUUUUCUUAGCGGAACAUAAAAAUUACUCUCCGUCUCUUCUGGCAAUCUGUGGUUUUCUGGUCUUCCGCCACCCUAGUAUUGUCAUUCCAAGAUGAUGUAUUUUUUUUAUUUAAAGGCUUACUUAAUGCCAUUUACUCCCCAUUCGAUAUUAUGCAUAAGAUAUCACUAGAACUGUAAUAUGCUCUCUAAUAUUUUUACGAUAUUAUUUUUAUUAUU